AUGGAUAGGCCUUCCUUCCUUGAUCAAUCACCACCAAUAGGAUACGUGCCCGGACUUGGCAGAGGUGCGAAUGGGUUUUCGGUUCGUGGUGAUAAAUUCCAACGUAAAGUUCCAGUCAGAUUGCAAGAUGGGAAAAGUAAAGAAUUGAAGAAGAAUAAUGUGGUUAAUGAUGUAGCUCAAUCUGAAGAAGAUGAAGCUUUGAAGAUCUUUUCUAUUAUUGAUUUAAAACGUAAUGGAAAUAAAUCCACGAAGAUUGAAAAUACAUUCCAAGAUUCCCUUAAUGAAGGAUAUAAAUUCAAAGAUUUAAAAAGAAACCUAGGUUCAAUUUCAGCGGAACAAUGGCUAAACAUACCUGAGGCUAGUGAUUUUACAAGAAGAAACAAAAGGAAUAGACUAGAAGAACAACUUAAUAGGAAAACUUACGCUGCACCAGACAGUCUCAUAUCACAGAAUGUUAAUUUAACAAAACUUACUGAGGAGCGUGAAAAAUUACUAGAAAAGACAUUAGAUACAAAUAUUAAAGGAAAAUUUGGAAAUACUGAUAUCAAUACUUUGAGUGAGUCGCAAUCCUAUUUAAACCAGUUAGAAAUCAUUAGUAAUACGACUAAUGAGACACAACUUGAAGAUUUGAAAAAGAUGCGUUUAGUUUUUCAAUCAUAUAGAAAAGCAGACCCCAAGAAAUCAGAAGGUUGGAUUGCCUCAGCAAGAUUAGAAGAAAAAUGUAGGAAAAUGGAGCAAGCCAGAAGAUUGAUCGAAGAAGGUUGUGAGAAUUGCCCACAUGAUGAAGAAAUAUGGUUAGAGAGUAUACGUUUGCAUUCUUCAGAUAAUCAGAAAUGUAAAAUAAUUGUUACGACUGCCAUCAAAUUUAAUUAUAAUUCAAUAAAAUUAUGGUUGAAAGCAAUAGACUUAGAAAAUGAGAAAAUUAAUAAAUAUAGAAUAGUCAGGAAAGCUUUAGAGGAAGUUCCAACUAGUACGGAAUUGUGGAAUCUAGCCGUUGGGUUUGAACAGGAUAAGAACGAAAAGAUCAAUAUUUUAAGAAAGGCCUUGGAAUUUGUACCGGAGAGCAUCCAUCUAUGGACAACAUUAAUUAAAAUUGAGGAGUAUACAGAGGCUAAAAUAUCGUUGAAUAAAGCUAGGAAGGCAAUUCCAAACAAUAUAAAAGUAUGGCUCCUGGCUAUUGAACUAGAGGAGACACAUGGCGACAAAAAUAUAUCUGUAUCCAAGUUGAUUAAAAUACUAAAUAAGGGAUUUGAACAACUAUUACACAGUAAUAUCUCCGUAACCUUCGAAGAUGCUUUACGUAUCUCAAAAGAAUUUGAAACUAGUAAUAAAGGAAAAUGUGAAAAAUCACUCGAUGCACUUGCACAAGUAAUAUUAUUACGAACAACGGAGGGGCAAGGUCACAACAUUGAUAAUAAGAAGCUAAAGAUGCUUUUGAAAUUUGAUGAUUCUCUUACGAAAUUAUGCCUUAUUAAACAAAUGGUGAUAGUUAACCACGAUAGACUCAGCCUUUGGAAUUCACUAAAAGAAAUUUGUGAAAAACUUGGACGUAUAAACGAUCUCUAUAGUACGUUUGAACAUGUCUUAUUCAAUAAAGAUGAAACUGAUCAGAACAAAGUGUUAGAAUCAAAUUCUAAGUUGGUACUGGUGUAUGCUAAAGAGAUAUGGAAGGGAAGUAACGAUAUUAAGAAGGCUUUAGAUAUAAUGGAUAAAAGUUUGGUCGUAAUACCUGAUAAUCUUGAUAUUGUAGCUGCAAAAGCAAAAUUAUUAUGCCAGAGCAAACAAUUUGAUGCUGCCGGCUUAUUGUUUAAAGAAAAGAUUAAUCAAAUGAUCGAAGAAGAAAAUAUUUUAAACAAAUCUGGGUUGGAUAGACUAGCCCAUAAGUAUGUGAGUUUCCUAAGAUAUAAAAGUGAAAAUGAAUUAGCAAUUACAUUACUUUUAGAUAAAUUCAUUCCAUUGUUUCCAAAUUUUUACAAGCUAUACCUACAAUUGGCGCAAAUAUAUUGUGAUCUCAAAAACUACAAUGAUGCAAGGUCAAUAUUAAUUAAGGGUAUUGAGAAAAUCUCAUGUAAUAAUAAAUCAAAUAGUCAUAAUGCAUUACUAUGGAUAGAGAUUUCCAAAAUAGAAGAAAUUGCGAUGGAAAAACCCACAAAAGCUCGUGCAACAUUAGAUGUGGCUCUAAUUAAGAAUUCUGGGAAUUCCAUGAGUGAAAUAAUGAUUCAUGUAGCAAAGAUACAGUUAGAGAAAAGAACCCAAAAUAAAGACCAAGCGCGACUCCUUGUUUCCCAGGGCCUUAAAACUUUUCCAAACAGUGAGUUACUGUGGACAGAGAAUAUUACAUUAUUAGAUGCCAAACGUACGUCACAAAAGAAGACAAUGUUUCAAGAUGCAUUAAGAAAUACAAAGAAUAAUUAUCUUGUAAUGUUAGAAAUUGGUAAGACUUUUUAUAAGGAAUCUCAAUAUGCAACAGCCAUCAAAUGGAUAGAGAGGGCUACCAAAGCUAACCCAAACUAUGGUGACUCUUGGAUAUGGAAUUACCGUUGUGAAAAGAAAUUGAAUAGAGAUACAAACGGAAUUAUUCAAAAAGUGACAUCCAUUGAACCAGCUUACGGACCAGAAUGGAUUUCUGUUUCAAAGAAUCCUUCCUCUCAAUACUUUAGAAGCCUGGAAAUCCUUAAGACGCUCACUUACGUGACGGAAAUGCAGUAG